AUGAAAAGAAAUGCAAAGUUGAAGUGUAUAAGGAAGCAGCGAAACAUUCCACAUAUUACGAAUUAUGAGUUCUCAAUGGAUGAGCCUGUUACGGACACAGUGAUACGAGACGCAAAAAGUAUCUACAAGAAGAUAUUGCACAUUUGCUUUCACCAGUACGAUGACGAUAACACCGUAAAGAAAUGUAAUGCUUAUUUGGAAUAUUAG